GUAGUAUAAUAUAAUACACACGAAAACCUAAGACCCCUAUACCUCAAAACUCAAUACUCACCCUUACGCAGCCCCACAUAUACAUCAACAGUGUUAAAAAUUAAGCGAAUAUCAAUUUAUCAUCACUGCUUGUAAGUUUUAAAUCAACUCGCCGGUUGCCGCACAGAGAAUGAAAUGAAGGAUGAGCCGGAGAGAGAAACAUCCCCUUCUGGUUCUCAGAAAACUGUUUCUGAUGAUGAGGAAAUAGAUUACUCAGUAAAGCCAGAGUUUUACGACUCCGACCUCGACAUCAAGGACGAAUCAUGGGCUCAGAAGAAAAGAGGCGGCCGUACCUCUGAUGCCACACUCAGUUGCCCGGCUUGCUUCACCAUACUUUGUCUUGAUUGCCAAAGGCAUGAGAAGAUUGUGACCCAAUACCGAGCAAUGUUUGUGGUCAAUUGUAAGAUUGAGGAUGAACUACAGCUUGGAAGUAAACGAAAGAGGGAAAGGAACUAUGGAUAUGGGAAACCACAGUCAGGUUCUGCAGCUUCUGCUUCUUCCGAUAAAGGUGAAACGUUUAAACACGUGUGUUGUGGAGUGUGUUUAACGAAGGUUGGAGUCAUUGACGAAGAUGAGGUCUAUCAUUUCUUGAAUGUUCUUCCAAGCGAGUGUUGACCCUUUCUUCUUAAAUUUAUGCUAACAACUAAUUAGCUAUAUAUAUGAUGUAGUAGUUCUUGAUUUUGUGUCAAGAAUUCCUUGCAAGUGUAAGAAUAGUUGUACUGUAUUUUUGACCGGGUUUUAGUCUUAAAAAACGGAACUCGAACAGGUUCGCUCCAAUUUUGGAGGAUUCAGAAGCGGAACUGGUAUGAAUUUUGAACCGGUUUCCGGUCAUGAAGUGGGUUCCUACGGCCUAAGGCCCUUUUGAAUUACCAUCCUCCAAGGCUCCCACACCUUGUGAUACUU